AUGUCAGCAGCAGCAGCAGCAGCAGCAGCAGCAGCAGCAGCAGCAGCAGCAGCAGCAGCAGCAGCAGCAGCAGCAGCAGCAGCAGCAGCAGCAGCAGCAGCAGCGGCGGCGGCGGCGGCGGCGGCGGCGGCGGCGGCAGCGGCGGCGGCGGCGGCGGCGGCGGCGGCGGCGGCGGCGGCGGCGGCGGCGGCAGCAGCAGCAGCAGCAGCAGCAACAACAGCAGCGGCGACGGCAGCGGCAGCAGCAGCAGCAACAGCAGCAACAGCAGCAGCAGCAGCGGCAGCAGCAGCAGCAGGCCCGCAACAGGACCAGCAGCGACAGCAUCAUGAGCAUCAGAUCUAA